AAUGCAAGUACAGGUAGCAGGUACGUUUCCGACCUAGUAAACUGAAAACUGCUGUACUGUCCGGUACGAGUAUCAUACCAAAAACUGCUCCGCUAUCACUUUCGUCAUAGUCCACCGCACGACCACCAUGGUACCCAUCGAUAAUAUCAAGCACCUAUUUUCCCCACUUCCGACGGCAAUCGCCGCUGUCAUCUUCUCCUGCCUGUGGUUUGCUGGUAGGAUUGAUUCACACACGCCGAAUUUUACCCCCGACCAACGACAGARGUCCGCCGUGCURAUCACCGGUGCGAGUCGGGGAAUCGGAAAGGCGGCGGCACUGCACCUGUCGUCACUGGGAUACACGGUUUUCGGAAAUGUACGAUCGCAAUCUUCCUACGACAAACUCAUAGCGAGCAACAGCGAACGAACGGCAGCGGCGACAGGAAAAAUCAUUCCAAUUAAAUUCGACGUGGCGCAAGACCAAGACAUGGGGACGGCGGUCACGGAAAUCGAGAAGACGUGCAAGSAAAGUGGUYUGGAUUUUGUUGSCAUCAUAAAUAAUGCCGGAAUCAAUCCAGAGGGAGACGCCAUCGCCAAGUCUUAUAUGGAAAAAGAUGCCAAGGGUCCCGAGAACAAACUAGCGGACACUGCAACCGUAACGAGGGUCAUGGAGACAAACGUGGUUGGUUGCUUCCGCGUCACCCGGUCGUUUUUGCCCAUCCUUGCAAAAGAGAAAGGCAGGGUUAUUCUCAUCGGAAGUUAUUUUGGAACMCUAGCUGGACCAAUUGGUUUGUCUCACGUGGCGUACGAAUCUUCGAAGCACGCCCUGGAGGGUUUGGCAGACGGUCUCCGAAGAGGGUUGAAAAAGGAAGGGAUUCGCGUCAGCCUCAUCAAACCAGGCAAUAUCGACACGGAUAUGAAUCCACUUGGUGACAAAGUGUCUCCGGACGAAGUUUCUAAAGAUAUUCUCGCAGCAUUAGAAGCAAAAAAUCCUAGAGCAAGAUACUAUCCGGGGACUGUUAAGGGAAUUCCAACAAGGSUGUUGUGUGCAGUGUUUGGUCUUUUGCCAGCAUUUGUCACGGAUAAACUGCUGUAGUAGAAACAUGAAAUGGUAGAAUGAAAUACAAGAUCACAUGAUAGUUAUGCAACGACACCUGUGAUGACGAUAGUAGUAAUCCUUUUCAACGGCGGACACUUCUUCCCCUAGAGUUCCAACGCGACGGAUGUAUUUUGAAAAAGUCGUAACUACCUUGGUCCGCCCUCUUAUGCACAACAU